GGAUUGGGAUGGGUGGAGGGAUAGAGAGGGGAACAGAUGGACAGAGGGAUCAACAGAUGAAAGGAUUGUUGGAGGGAUGGGUGGAUGGAAGAACGGAUUGAAGGAUCAUUGAAUGGAUGGAACAAUUGUUGGAUGAAAGGAUGGACGGAAAUAUAGGUGGAAGGAGGGAUCAACAGAGGAAAAUAUGAUUUCUGGCCCAAAGACUAGUGUGCCUCCAGGCCUUGCCCCCUCCAUGGGGACCAGUGGGGGUGGCCCUGGGUGUCUGGAAGAUGGGUUCUUGCUAUAUGAGUCCCCUUCUUACAGGUAGGAAUGGGUUGUAUAGAGUAGAAUGGGUCAGUGGGGUCCAUUGCUCACCUAUGAGAGUUUACAGGGCACAGUGGGGCAGGGUGGGGUCCCAAAACCCUCAGCUGAAUGCCCUGUUUAAGGUGAGGAGACAAUGAGGUAAUGCGGGCCAGAGGGAGGGCCCCCUCCUUGUCCCCCUCCUUCACUACUAUGAUGUCAGUAGGGUAACAGCAGUUCUCAGGGUAACUGUCUCAACCCCAAACUGUUCUAGACUCCUCUCUGAUGAGUUGUGAAGAUGGUGCUUUAUGGCCUUGUUCUCUCCAGGGAUGGUUCAUGCUACGAUGCGGUGUCUGAAUAAGGACUACCCGUAGGAAUUUGUACCAAGAAAACCCCCGUUGAGGAAUGAAGCAACACGCCCUUGUGCUGUUUGAUUGAGGGAGUGGGCAUGAAUGAAGAAUAUAGAGGAACAGAGUCUAUGUGACUGAGAAACUAAGUUGGGACUCAGGAGUACAAUAUAUAACUGUGUCACAAACUUCCUGUGUGACCACUGCAAGAAACCAGCCUCCCUAAGAGCACUAGAGCAGCAGGCUGUCUGCACUAUGGCUGCUGAACUGCAUUUCUCCCCACCUGAAAUCCCUGACCCCACACUGGUGGAGAAUGUGCUGUGCCACAGACUCUUCUUUGGAGCCAUUUUCCAGCUUCUCUGUGUGUUAGCCUUAGUCCUGCCAGUUUCAAGGUCCCAUAAAACAGACUCGGACAGUUUUGAGUCUAAUACUUGGGAGACAGUGAAGAAACCGAAGGCAAGUGCUGCACAGAUAAGUAAGAAACCCAAGAAGAAAAGCAAAAAGAAACGAUAAGGGCUUGACCGAUAAGCCUCAGAAGACAAAAGAAUCAACUGUAAUGCUUCCUCGGAGAUGGCACCAAAGGCAACUGAAUAUGUCAUCCAGUUUUCUGGCAUUGCCAUGCUUUACCUUUUGUGGACAGUAGAGAGGAACUAAGAAAACUGGAAGGGAAAGGCUUCUGAUGCAUUACAAGCAAAGAGGACUUCUUAUAAGCAGUGACAUGAUUCACAUGUGACAUGAUUCACAUGUCAGUCACCAUCCAGUGUAGUAUAAGACUGAAAUAUGGCUAGACAAGACUGGAGAGAGAGAGGUGGUGACGUAGCAACAGAGUCUCUGUAAGGCAUCUUGAGCUUCCUGAUGCCAGCUCACAUCUUGGUUUGUUUGACCACAAGUGAGUCAAUGGGAUGAGAACUUGCUGUGUUAGGGCCCUCCACGGCUCGGAGUGGCUUUGAAGGAAAGGGUUCUGUGGCGGGGCUGCAAGUCUGCCAUCCUUUUGCAUACAUAGACUGCCAUCCUCAGUUGACAAGUGCGUUGUGAGCCCAGGUACAGUAGCAGUGCUGUGCUGCACCUGUUCUCUACCAGAAGCCUAACAUGCACCUUUGCUGAAACCGUCAGUUUGAGAAGGGCCACAUUUGCAGCUCUCCCUUGCUGUUGGUGGAUGAGACAGGUGGGCAGCACGAGGAGAACAGAACAAAGCAUGUGAGGCAAAAGCACUCCAAAGUUGCUUGGAGAUCUCAGGACAAAGAAACAUGACAAAAAUUUCCCACGCAAACAACGAAGACCAAUAUCACACUAUGAAUUUCCAUGAAUUAGAAUGGUAGUUGCUUUACCUAACUCUGUCCUUCUGCAGGUUCCCUAAAGGUGGGUUCUGUUGCAUUCUUCUAGCAGAAGUACAAGUACUGAAAGAGUAAUGGCACACGUUACCCAAAAUACAGGAGUGCUUCCACAGCCAAGAACUGGAUACCAGCCGGAUACCAGCCCCACCUUGAGACUGAGAUCUGGGCCCAAGGCAUGUUCACAUGCAGCCCUCCCACUGCCCUCUCCUCCUACCCCACUCUGAGCGCUGCUCUUCGCAGCAUCCCACCCAGACUUGAACUCCUCAUGGCUCAAGGGUAGGCUGAUGUGCAGGCCAUGGCUGUACGGGUGCAGUGGGGGUUCCCAGAGCAAAGAGCAACUUGUCAGUAGAUUGAAAGGCUGAAAAAGCCAUCAGGGAAGAGAGACAAGCUUAAGGGGCUGAUUGCAGGGAUACCAUUCUUCCUCCCAGGCUCCUUUCUCUCCUUUUUUUUCUAUCAGUCUUUGGAGAGCAAGGUGAUGCUCACAGUCUCACUCGCAGUUACAGUUUGGCUGAAAGGCCACGAGCUGGGAAGACCAACAAUGAAACAUGAGAAAAGCAGCUGAAUUUCAAGGGAGAGACAUGAAGCUGAUGAUUUCAUUGCCCUGCAAUUGCCAGCCCAAGCAAGGGACGUUUUGACCAGCUACUGAAAGAGGCAGCACCAUUUUCUAAAAGUUACCUUUGUUUUUAUUUUAAACAAAGGUAUUUUGGUUGUAUUUAGUAUAUAUUUCAACAGAAAAUAAAAUAUUUGGGAUACUGGUCAUUACUAAAGACAUAAUUUCAGUUAAUAAACACUUUCAAGCCUGUUUGUUUAUACAAACAGGUAUCAAAUAGUUGGGACUGUGCUGUAUUUCCAGCUGGUUCCUACUUCCCCUCACAGAAUGAAACCCUAAUGUCCAGAUUUCCGCUUAGCAAUGAGUACUUCAGCCUCUACUCAGAGAGAAGGAGAAGCCUGAUUCUGUGCCUGCAUCACCACCUCUCUCUCUCCAGUCUGGUCUAGCCAUAUUUCAAUUUAAUACCAGAUUGUUUACUCCCUUGCUUUACUGUUAUUUCCCAUCUUUUCCCAACUUUUUUCAUACUUUCCCAUUUCUGUUCCUCCUUCUCCCUUGCUUUUCCAGCUUUUCCCCAAAUUUCCCUCCUUUUCCCAUGCUUUCCCACUUACUCCCUCCUUAUCUCUCAUUUCCCCAUGCUUUCCCAUCUUUUCCCUCAUCCUGUGCUUUCCCAGCUUUUCCCUUAAUUUCCCAUGUUAUCCCACACUUAACCAUUUCUUCCCUCCUUCUCCCUUGCUUUCCCAUCUUUUCCCACUUUUUCCCGUGAUUUCCCAUUUUUUUUUCUGCCUUCUACUUUGCUUCUCAUCUUUUCACAUCUUUUCCUACAUUUUUCUCCUUUUCCUAUCUUUUCUUUGCUACACCUUUGCCUUCCUGUCAUUUCCCACCUUUUCCCAACUUUUCCAGUACUUUCCCAUCUUUUCCCAUUUUUUCCCUCCUUUUCCCAUGCUUUCCCAUUUUUCCCCUUCUCCUUUGUUUUAUGGUCUUUUCCCACCUUUUCCCACAUUCUCCCAUGCUUUCCAUUUUUUCCCUUUAACUCCCUUGCUGUCCCAUCCUUUCUCAUCUCUUCCCGUGCUUUACCAUUUUUUCUUUCCUUCUCCCUUGCUUCCCUGUCAUUUCUUAUGUUUUCCAAAAUUUUCCUUUCCCGUCUGUUCCCAUCUUGACCCAGCAUUUCCCAUGUGCUCUCACAGUUUCCCAUCUUUUCCACUCCUUUCCCAUCUUAUCAUUUUUUUCCUUGAUUUUCCUUUGCAGUCUAUCUUUUUCCCACCUUAUCCCAUGCUUUCCAAUCUUAUCCCAAUGUUUCCCUCUUUUUACCAUGGUUUCCCAUUUUUUCCCUCCUUCUCCCUUGCCUUCCAAUCUUUUCCCAUCUUCCCCAAAUUUUCCCAUGCUUUCCCAUUUUUUUCCUUCUCCCUUGCUUUCCUGUUAUUUUCCAUAUCUUCCCAACUUUUCCCACUUUUUUUAUGCUUUCCCAAGCUUUCCCACAAUUUCCCACCUUCUCACAUCCUCUCCCAUUUUCCCCCUCCAUCUCCCUUGCUUCCAAGGAAUUUUCCAUCUUUUGCCAACCUUUCCCAUCUUUUGAAUUUUUUCCUUGCUUUUCCUCUGCAUUCCAGCUUUUUUCCACCUUUUCAUAUGCUUUCCAAUCUUUUCCCAAAAUUCCCCAUUUUCCCACGUCUUCCCAUUUUUUUCCCUCCUUAUCCCUUGCUUUCCUGUCAUUUCCCAUCAUUUCCGAAUAUUUCCCUUGCUUUCCCAUCUUUUCCCAAAACUUCACACCUUUUCCCAUGAUUUCCUGGUUUUUUUCCUCCUUCUGCCUCUUUGCCAUCUUUUCCUGUAAUUUCCCAGCUUUUCCCAAGCUUUCCAUUUUUUUCACCCCUUCUCUUUCCCAUCUUUACCCAUUUUUCCCACCUUUUUACAUGCUGUCCCAUUUUUUCCCUCCUCCUCCCUUUCUUUCCCAGUUUUUCCCAUGCUUUCCUUCCUUUUCCCAUGCUUUCCCCUUUAUUCCCUCCUUAUCCUUUGUUUUCCCACCUUUUCCAGUUUUUUUUCCAUCUCUUUCUAAGUUUUCCCAUUUUUUUUCUUUCAUACUCCCAUGCUUUCCUGUCAUUUCCUAUCUUUUCCCAACUUUUCCCCUACUUUCCCAUCUAUGCCCAGCUUUUUUCAUGCUUUCCCAUUUUUUCCCUCCUUCCCCUUUGCUUUCUGGACUUUUCCCAUCUUUUCCUACAUUUUCCUAUGCUUUCCCAUUUUUUCCCUUUUUCUCCCUGGUGUUCCUGCAAUUUCCCAUCUUUUCCCCAAAAUUCCCAUGCACUCUCACAAUUUCCCGUCUUUUCCACUCCUUUCCCAUUUUUUCAAAUUGUUCCAUUGAUUUCCCUAUGCACUGCAUCUUUUUCCCACCUUAUCCCCUGCUUUCCAAACUUUUUCCAAUAUUUCCCUCUUUUUACCGUGCUUUCUCAUGUUUCCAUUCUUCUCCCUUGCUUUCCCAUCUUUUCCCAUCUUUUCUCUGUUUUAUGCUUUCCCUUUUUCCUUUCCUUCUCCCUUGCUUUCACAUCUUUUCCCAUGUUUUCCCUCCUUUUUCCAUGCUUUCCCCUUUAUUCCCUCCUUAUCCCUUGUUUUCCUGUCUUUUCCCAUUUUUCCUAUCUUUUUUCCAUGUUUUCCCAUUUUUCUUUCCUACUCCCUUGCUUUCCUGUCAUUUCCCAUACUUUCCUAUCUUUUCCCAACAUUUCCAAUCCUUUCCUAUCUUUUCAAAAUUUUACCUUGCUUUUCCUCAGCAAUCCAGCUUUUUCCCACCUUUUUGUACGAUUUCCCAUCUUUUCCCAAAAUUUCCCAUAUUUUCCCAUGUCCUUCCAUUUUUUCCCUCCUUCUCCCUUCUUUCCCAUCUUUUCCGAUAUUUUCACAUUAUUUCCCAGUUUUUUCCCUCUUUCUCUUUUGCUUUCCCACCUUAUCCCAUCUUUUCCCACUUUUUUUUCUUCCUUUUCCAUUUUUUCCCUCCUUCUCUCUUCCUUUCCCAGCUGGUCCAAUGCUUUCCCAUUUAUUCCCUCUUUAUCCCUUGUUUUCUUAUUAUUUCCCAUUGUCAACGGUUUACGGGCGUUUGGCCCGGUUCCGUGAUGACGGGGACGGGGGAUCCAUGGGCCCACGCCCCGGGAAAAGGGAAAAGGGGAAAAGGG